AAAUAUUCAGCUAAGUGUAUGGCACAUGAUUUACAGUUUACUCACUACUGGAAAUCCUAUCAUUCAGGUCAGUGCUUUAGGGGUUUAAACUAGUGUUGUUAUUUGUUUUUUUUCAUAAUAUUUCAAUAAUAAGUGCCAAUGUUAAUGAUAAUUUUGCUAUAUGUAUUGACUUUUAAAUGGUUUAAAAAAAUAUUGCCUUUUUUUUUUUAGUAUUUUAAGUAUAAAUGAUCUAAAACUAUUUAUCAAAACAGUGAUUAUUAUUUAGCAAACCAAAUAAUGGUACAUGUUUCUUUUAGGAUGCAUUUAAAUUCGCUUUUAUUUGUGCUUGUGAUAAUUGUGAUCUGUGCUUCAGCGUCACAGUUCCUUCAACAAGAGUGGAACGCCUGGAAACUAAAACAUGGUAAGUAAAUUUGAUAGCUAAUGAAUACAGUAGAGGAAAUGGUUAGAAGUAAAUAUCCCCCAAAGAGUGUAUGUUUUAUGAACACAUGGCUUAUGUAUAUUCAUAUAAUCAUUAUAGUAAAAAUACAUACAUCUCACAUCAUUUAUCUCAACUUGGAACAUAGGAACAGGUGAAACUUCAUCCAGCUAUCACUAAGCACGUGGAAUGAGAAAGAAUAUGAAUGCAAAUAGUACAGACAAAUAUUGUCAAAUAAAUUACAUUUCCUUAUUACGUUCAGAUUGUGUGUUAUGUUUGUAUAUUCAUGAACUAAUGUAAAGCUUUACACCUUACAUGAAUGGCAUAGAAUGUGGACCUUCUGAUGUAGAAGAAUCCCCAACAAAUCUCUAGAAUUAACAGAAAAACAAAAAAUGCAUAAUGGCCUGACAGUGUACAUUAGAAAAUCGGUUGUUGGUAAUUAAAAAAAAAAUUAAACAAUUUAUGCACUUUAAAAAAUAUUUCUUUAUUAACUAUAUGCAUUAUGCAUUGUGCACUGGAAUUGAAAAAGUGAGCUUUGUGUGAAAUGUAGCUAUAUAUUUGUAUACAUUUACUGCUUUUACUUGUUGGUAUCAUGGAAAAAGGGUCUUGUACAAUUUAAUAACAGUGAAGCAGAUUGAUGGUAAAAGAUGCUGCAAAUGCUAAGGCAACUUUAUUUAGAUUAUUUGCCCAAAUUAUAAAAAGAAUAACUGAAAUGGAAAAGUUCUACAACUUAGUGUGUAAGAUCAUGGUCCAUCAGUGAUGGUCGCUGAUUGAAUAUUUGUGCCUAAAUAUUGCAAUCUGUAUUUUAGUCCAUUUUCUAAAAUUCUGAUUUUAAUGUAUAACCCUGUCUCUAAGAAAAGGCAACCUCAAAAUAUGUUACAUUAAUAUAAUAAAUUACAUAUAAUAUAAUAAAUUAAUAUAAUAAAUUAUGUAUAAUACUGGUGAAAAUUAUAUAAAUAGUAUUGCCUAUUAUUCCAUUAAGCAGACCAUGGUUGAUGAUGUCACACCAUCCAAUAACUCUGUAUUGUUUUUUUGCAACUAAUCCUGUGCAGUGCAAUUUAGUCCCUCUACCUUCACGUAAGUGCUUAGAUAGUAGCUGGGAGACAAAAAGAGUAUACACACAGUCACAAGACUUAUAACAAUUUUAUACUCCAUUUGAUAGUUUGAUAAAAUUUUCAGCACGUUAUAAAAAUGUUCACAAUAUGUAAUGAUUUUGCUAACAUAUUCAGAUUGAACUAUAUGAUGUUUUGCAUAUCAGGGAAAAAAUACCAACAUUCUGAAGAUGAGCUAUUUCGAAGGAAGGCUUGGGAGGCCAAUUGGGAAAAGGUUCAGAAGCAUAAUGAGCUGGCUGAUCAAGGUCUCAAAAAAUAUAGACUUAGUAUGAAUAAAUUUGCAGAUAUGGUAAGUUAAUAGACUUUAUCUGAAAACUAUAUCAUAAUGUUAGACAAUGUUCCUAACUAAUUACUAUCAGAUAAAAAAUUCUGUCAAUAAGUAAAGUCAAUCUAGUAGUCAAAAAGUUUUUAGUAUGGUCUUGACAACUUAUGUUGGUCCUGCUUGGUUCCUGUCUUCUUCUGUAAGAGAUUCCAUAUAGCUUUACAUAGCUAUGGAGAGUCAUGUAGGGCCAAGUUAUUUGGCUGAGAGUGUCAGCUGAAAGCUCUCAGAUAAUAAGUGUGGUCCUGGAUCAGAUGUGCUUUAUUUUAUAAAGAUAGCUAACUUCUCAUUCUGGAGAAGAACAGAUACAGAAAUGGGCACCCAGAGGACCCAGGUAAGUUAUCAAUCUAUACUAAAAAAGUUUGACUGCUUAAAGUGGGACAGCGCCAGGACACUUCUGGCACCAUACCACUACACUGAGCCAUACUGGUUAGGGUGAUUGGAGUGUUCCUAUAAUAGUAAACUGUGAUCACUAAAUCACAAUAGUUUGAAAAUAAAAAAGUUAUACAAAUUUUUCUCUAAUUGUGCACUAUAUUUAUUAUGGUAAAGUGGUCAAUGGAUAAAAAAUCUGAAGAAAGUUUCAUAUUCAUUUACUUGAAAUGUAGAACUACACAUAUCACUAUAAAAUGAUUUAUUUGUAUACAACCCAAGUUGCUUUUAAUGCACUUUAUGUAGAAUAGCAGCUUUGUUUAUGAUUGGUCAAUCAUACUUAUAUCGUAUUACAUAAAAAAAAUUCUUAUUGUAUAAUAUGCUCAUGUUUCAGACAGCAGAAGAUGUGAAAUCGAAGAGCUGCCUUAUUCCUAAAGAAUUACCAUCUAAAACCAGCGAGGUUCCACAAAUGCGUUAUAGAAAUAAUGUUAACAUUCCACAAGAAGUUGACUGGCGGAAAACAAAAUGUGUGACCCCUGUAAAAGAUCAAGGAAGUCUUUGUGGAUCCUGCUGGGCAUUUGCAGCAGUAAGUGAAACAAAAUGCGUGUUUUUUUAAUUUAUUUUUUUAUGUACACUAUUAUUUAAAUAAUGAAAAAUAUCUACUUGAUAAAAAUAUUUUCUUGCCUAAGCUAUUCCUGCACUUAAAUUAAGCCUGCAAUCCACAUAUCAUCUGGAUGAAAAGUUCUAUUUUAGAUAGGUAUAAGUGCCAUCUAAAGACUGAUCUGGAUCCCCUAAUUUGUAGUUUUUACUGAAUAAUAAUAGGAACAACCAGAAGAGGCUCAAAAUUACAUAUGGCUAUAUAUAAUCAGAAAAGGUGUAUAUAUGUUUCCUGAAUGCAAAUAUACAACAUAUGUGAAAGCUGGGUUGAGUGGAAACCAAGAGGUUGGUCUAGGGAAUAAUUGAAGGUAGAAAUUUAGUAUUACAAAUAAACUUGUUCUGUUGAAAGAAUAGUAAGUAGAUAAGAAAGACAUCUGGGAUUUGAAAGAGGUGUUCACAAUUGUGCAUUGACCACAAAAUGAUUUAAGGGGAUCUAUGAGGUGUAGAAAUUAUGGAGUAGGUAGAGUUAAGCUUAAUAUUGGGUCUUCACAAGCACAUGGAGCAAAGGUGUUUUGGAACUGGAGCAGUCACAUGGUCUUUACAUGUGGGACCUUUCAUUAAAUUAUCUCCCUGCAGUUCCUCAAGUAGUACCAGGACACAAUAUGCUGAGGGUACUAGAUACACAUAGAUAGCUGUUUUCCUUAAGCGGUUGGAGCUGUUACAAAUGCUGUAAUAAUGGUUCUGACAGUUUUAUGGAGACUAUCCUUUAGGUGACUAUGUCACCAAUAAUAAAAAAUUUCAACAUCUAUACAGCUCUCUGUGUCUGAAUUUAAUUUUAUUUAUUCAGUUUUUUAAAGUAUUUAUUUUUCUAAACAUUUUAGUUUUCCUAAAAUAUAAAAAGAAAAAUGUGGAUUAUAUUUCCUUAUGUAUGCCAGUCAGGUUACAAAACUUGACAACAGGUGGGGCUUAAACAAGGCUUUUUUUCAGUAGCCAAUUCUAUUUAGUAUUUUCUAAGCACUGCCUUCUUGAAUCCUAUUAUACUAUUCAAACAACUAAUAUAACAUUUUUAAUUGAUUGGUGAUCAUUCUUAAUGUAUAGAAUGUGAAAUAGAAUGCUGUUAAUGUUUUUUUUAAGGUGGGCGCAAUAGAAACUCGCUUGUGCCUAAAGAAUGAUGAACUCAUUGCCCUGAGUGAGCAGCAGCUCGUGGACUGUGAUACUAGUAAUCAUGGCUGCUGUGGUGGUUUUCCAAUAGAUGCAUUAGCAUAUGUGGCAAAGCAAGGAGUAAUGAAGAGUGAUGAUUAUGAAUAUACACAGAAGGUAAGCCAUUAUUUCAUUUAGUAGAUAUUACUUGGCAUGAACCAACCUAGAGCUAUAAUUAAAACCACCCUGGAUCACUUAUUUGGUGCUGAAGAGCACCAGUAGCAAAACAUGUGUGGAUACUUACAACCACCCAAGAGGCCGCCACCCCCUACAAUGCAAAGGAACCAGAAGCCCCCAAUACCAUUUAUUAAUCAACGGACCUCACAAAUGUUUUUUUUUUAUUCCAUCACUAAGAUUUAAGCUUAUUAUUCUAAAUCAACAGGAGGUUGUAAGCAGAAAAUUGUCACUGUUAUACAUUUUAUUUAUUUAUUAUUUAUAAAAUAUUCUACCAGGAAAGAUACAUUAAAAUUAAACGUGUUACACCGUCUAUCUGUCAAUAAGACAACUGGCCCUGUCACUUCCUGGUUGUUUCACUCAGUGACGCUAAACUCAAAAGACAGGUAUUGCCCAGAGUACGUGCCUUGUAAACAUUUCUCGUUGAGCUGCAUUGGGAUGUAUGUGAUUAAACAGCCUAAGAAGGUCUGGGCUGUGUUAGAAAGGGAGAUUUGUAAAGAGAUCUGUAAUGAGAUCUGCAGGUUUGGCUGUCUUUAGAUAGACCCCCAAUAAGAAAGUGUACAGUUAAAUGUAUGCAUGUUUUCAUUUGAUAUAUAGACAAAAUAGGGGGUAAUCUGCUAAAUUGAGAGUAGAUAAAAUAACAUAGCAAAUAACUGUGUGGAGAUGGAUCAUAUAAGAUGUAUUUACAAGUGGCCAUUUACAAAUUUAAAGAUGCAAAACAGCCUUGUAUAAAAAUUCCUCCUUCAGUUCAACUUGAUUCUUCCAUCUUCAUACCCCCAUCAAUAAACUUGGAUAUGUAGCUCAAGAGAGAAUAUAUAAAGAAAUUGAAGUGCACUUUCCAGAGUAAAGUAUAAAAAUAAUUUAAUAACUUACAUAUCAAUAUAAAACAAUGCGUAUUCACCACUGGGCGUAGUACGCAAGUCCCUGAAAAAGUCAGAGUUGAGGACAAAACGCGUCGGACGCCCAGUGGUGAAUACGAAUUGUUUUAUAUUGAUAUGUAAGUUAUUACAUUCUUUUUAUACUUUACUCUGGAAAGUGCACUUCAAUUUCAACCUCCCAAGUGUCCUUAUUGAGGAGUGACAGUCCCUAUUUUGUGCCCAAAUCCCACUGUCCCGCUUUUCUAUCCUAAUGUCCCUCUUGUCUUGGAGCUCCAUAUUGUUGGUGUGUCUGAGUGUACAACAGAGCUUUACAGCAAUAAUACUCACAGUAAUACGUUGUUAAACUACAAUAAAUGUGUUUAGAAAUAAGUCUGUGUAAAUAAGAUACAUUGUUCUUGUUCUAAAUUAGAUUUUAGAUGCAUAACUUGUUAUUAGUAAAUCACCUAAAAUUUCUCAGAAAUAUCCCACCAGUUUUGUGUGUCGAACGAUUGCACUGGAGUGGAGAGAGAGUCGUCAGGAUAGCUCACAUGUGUUGGCUAGGUAAGCAUUGUAGUGAGGGUUUCUGGUGUUGAUAUUGGAGCUUUAAUUCUGCUGCCUUGCCAGUGGGUUGCAGUGGCUUAUACCCUAGGUGCCCCCAUUAUGUUUUGGGGCGAGGUAAGCCUGAGUUCGUUUGUGUGUGAGAUAUUGUUCCUGUGUGAUGGGCCAUGGCCUCUAUAUUUCAGCUGUGGGUGAAAAUAUUUGCAGUGACUAUGUCUCUCCCAUUUUAAGGUGUGUGAGGGUAUUGGUUGGACAACGUCUUUUGGUAGUUAGUCCACUUAGUGUGGGCAAGUUUCAUAUGUUUCCUGUUUCCAAAUUGUGAAGCAAACAUGGCUUCAUAGGACCAGUUGAGGGUAAUUUGUUUCAAAAGAGCUGAUUGAGAGGGGGCUAAUAGUGAUUUCCAGAGUUGGAAUUAAGUUUGCCAGUGAGUCCAUUGGGGUGGCCCGAGGCAUUGGGUAAUAAUUAACCAGAUGUACCUUAGAGGAGUUCCUCCAAUAAUUUUCAAUAGGGUUUCUGUUCAUAUCUCAUGAAUCUGUAAGAUGUUGUUUGGCAUUUGUGAGUCAAUACAUUGAUGAAUAAAACUUCACAGAAAAUACUUGGCAUGCUGACUAGCUUCCUCCAUGUUUUGUCAUGAAGGUAGUGUUUUAUGUCUGCAAAUAAUCAUGCUUGCUGUACAAUAUAUACAACAUUAGCUUUAAAUACAAAAGUCACUUGGAAUUCCUACCAAUUCUCACACACUGUGAUUUCUUACUGGCAAAUAGCCAUGUCCAAGAAAUAUCAAGCCUGUCAAUUAAAAUGUUUACCAAGUUUUUAACCUAUGUGUCAAGCAUGCAAGCAAUAACUGUAUUUUUUAUUCUUUUCGUUUCUAAAUCAUGUUUUAUUAUUUUGCUAUUUGAUACUUUCAUUUUAUCUGAAAUUAUAUUUAUAACCAGAAAUUUAUCUGUGAAUAUGAUCCUGAUGAAGCAAUAAAACUAAAUACAACUAAAUACUACAUAUUGCCUGGUGAAAUAAACAUGGCAACCGCAGUAGCUCUCGAAGGACCCAUCACUGUCGGGUUUGGAGUAGACAUUGAUUUUUUUCUGUACCUUGAAGGUAACUUUGUUUUGACAAUAAUAAUAAUGUAACUCACUUUUAUUAAAAUAUUUAAACAAAUAUAUUCAUUCAUAAUCUAAGCAUACAUUCUAAUAUUAUAAUGAGAUUAUAAGAGUUGGUUCUAGUAGCAAAGACAUUAGAGGAAUGAAGAGUUUGUUCAUUACGCAGUAAAUUCUACUUAACUGACACUAGCAUGGGUUGAUCAUUAUUGAUUGGUAAUGCAACACGGGCAACACAGUCUCAGUUGAAAGAAAAUUGGAUGGUUUAUGGUAUAUCUAAAAAUCAAAGUAAGAUCAGAAGACACACUCCCAAAUUUCUAGAAUACUAGCAAAGGGAAAUCUUACCAUUUUACUCAGACUUGGGGAGAUAUGGAAAGUCCUUCCUGAUUCCUGAGUACUACAUCUGGCCGCUUCUUCAACUAGCACGUUCUCUGUCUAGUGCAUUGGUUCCCCAACCAGUCCUCAUGGGUCACCAACAGUCCAGGAUUGAUGUAUUUCCAUGUUUUAUUCCAAUGGAGAGACUGACAAAACCUGGACUGUUGGUGGGUCUUGAGGACUGGUUUGUAAAACAUUGGUCUAGGGGAUGAUCCAAUUACAUUAUAUAUUUGUUUUGCAUUUUGUUCUCAAUCUCUUUAACUGUUACUUUUCUCCAUUUUGGGGGGAGGGAAAGGGGGAAAUAAUGUUUCUCAGUCCUAUUGAGUAUUAACCCCUUAAGGACACAUGAUGGAAAUAUUCCGUCAUGAUUCCCUUUUAUUCCAGAAGUUGUGUCCUUAAGGGGUUAAUCUUAAAUCAUAAUGAUAGUGUGGCAUGAAGUGAAGUAUGAAUGUUUAAGGCCUUUCAGGAGAAGAUGAUACAUUUAAGAUUUGUUCUUUUGCUUCACAUUUAUAUCCUGUAACACCAGAUAAACAGUAUGUUGUAAUUGUUGUCAGUUGUCAGUUCUAUUUCAUUGACAUACUAUAAAAAAGAUGUGUAUUUACAUACAGUAUAUAAUUCCAUAGAUAAUAAGAAUGAAAACAAUGUAUUCUCAUUUCGAUCACUCAAGGCAAAUAAAUAGAUUUACCUUAAAACAUGCAAUAUAUUUUUAUGAGCCACUUGCUUUUAAAAUGUUUUUUAACAAGGAAUUUGCUUUAACACGAAGGUACCAUUAUGUUAUUUAUAUGUAUUAUAUGUAAAAUACUAAAAUGUAUUGGUAUUUAUUGGACCUCCAUGCUUUCUAUCCGAGCCAUAUGAUGUUAAUAGCUCUUUUAUCAACUCAACAAUUAUUUGUUCUGGCAAUAUUGCACUAUUUUUUGCUAUAUUUUAUCUCUACAGAUUUGUAUUAUACCGGCUCCAAUUUAUGUAUGUAUAUAAAAUGUAUUGGUGUUUUGUUUAAUUGCUACUCUUUGCUGCAAAACUGAGAGGAUUAAGUUUCACUUAGUAGUGUCUCAUCUGCAAGUGAGAGAUUAUGGAAUGUCUGGAACAUGUACAGAGUUUAGGACCUCUACCAAGCCGAGCAGUCAUGCUUUUGGCAUUAUGUUGAUGACAACUGUUCAAUGACACCUGUUCUCUCUUCCAUAAGGUUUUUGGAAGAAAAGUUUAAUAGCAGCAUUUAACCCACAUUAAAACAUUCUUUUUAAUUAGAGUACUGUCAAUUAGUUUUUUUCCUUUUUUUAGCUGUUAUUUUGAAAACUGUAUAAAGUAGAUAAGCAUUAUUACUAUUUAAUAUCAUGAGUAUUAUUUCAUAACAGGGAUAUUUGACGGUGAUUGUGCACCCGAAGCAAACCAUGCUAUAAUCAUUGAGGGUUAUGGGACUGAAAAAGGUGAGGAUGGGGAAGAUGAGGAGUACUGGCUAAUAAAGAAUAGGUAAGUUGUUGAAUACAAUUUGUUCAUAUUUUUUGGUAACAUGGAUAUUAUUGGAAAAUACAAGAAAAAAAAAGAUGUUUUACAAUAUAAAGUAAAUUGUGCCAAUGAUCUAUAUAUGCACAGAUCAUAGCAUAACCAUAUGAAGGAUUUGGAUAGAUUGGGGGACUGGGCACUAAAAUGGCAGAUGGAAUUUAACGUAGAGAAAUGCAAAGUUAUGCACUUUGGAGUCGCCCUAAAUGGUAGUGAAUUAAGGAUAACCACACAUGGGAAGGAUUUAGGAAUUGUUAUAGACAACAAAUUAGGCAGCAAUAUGCAAUCUGCAGUUGCUAAAGCCAGCAAGGUUUUGAAAAUAUAAUUUUGCCUCUUUAUAAAUCGCUGGUAAGACCUCACCUUGAAUAUGCUGUGCAAUUUUGGGCACCUGUUCUAAAGAAAGAUAUCAUGGCACUAGAAAAAGUUCAGAGACGAGCUACAAAAUUGAUAAAUGAAAUGGAGCAUUUUAGUUACGAAGAUAGGUUAAGAAAUGUAAGUCUCUUGAGUACUGAAAAACGACACCUCAGAGGGGAUAUGAUAACAUUAUACAAAUAUAUUCGGGGCCAGUACAAAUCAUUAUCUGGAAAUAUAUUCAUAAACAGGGCUAUACAUAGGACACAAGGUCACACAUUUAUGCUGGAAGAAAGGAGAUUUCCUCUAAGGCAAAGAAAAGGUUUUUUUACAGUAAGAACAAUAAGGAUAUGGAAUUCUCUGCCUGAAGAGGUGUUUUAUCAGAGUCAAUAUAGAUGUUUAAACUGCAAUUGGAUAAAUUCUUGCAAAAACACAACAUACAGGGAUAUCAUUUCUAAUAAGUGGGGUAAUAGCUGCUUGAUCCAAGGAGAGAUGUGACUGCUAUUUUGGGGUCAAGAAGGCUUUUUUUCUUAGUUUGUUGCAAAAUUGGAAGUGCUUCAGACUAGGUUUUUUGCCGCCUUCUUUUGGAACAACAGCAGAAACGUAUGUGAGGAAGGCUGAACUUGAUGGACACAAGUCUCUUUUCAGCUAUGUAACUAUGUAACUAUGUAACCAUAAAUGGUUUAGACCCUAAUGGUCAGCAGUUGUCAUGGACCUCAUGGAACCAUAACAACUUAAUUCCAAUGCCCUUAGGCUUAUUUUAAAUAGAAUAUAUCAUGAAAGAGAGACAUUUACUGGAUCUUUUGCUCUCUGUUUAUAUUAUGGUAUGUGAAUAUAUAUAUAUAUAUAUAUAUAUAUAUAUAUACAUAUAUAUACUUCUUCCGCACAUAUUACUUCAUAUUGUGUGUCAAUGCUGUGUGCAGUGUGUGAAUGCUGUGUGCAGAAUGCAGUGUGUGAAUACCUCCAUUGCUCAUGCCAAAUUUUGAUAUGCAUUUUACUAUUUAUAAUAGGUUAGGCAUAAUACCUUACCUUAAUACCUUAAGACAUUUGUUCUGUAUAUAUAUAUAUAUAUAUAUAUAUAUAUAUAUAUAUAAAAAUAUUUCAUGAUUAUAUUUUAUGUCUUUAUAUUUGUAUCUCGCUAGUAUACAGUUACAAGAAAAAGUAUGUGAACCCUUUGGAAUGAUAUGGAUUUCUGCACAAAUUGGUCAUAAAAUGUGAUCUGAUCAUCAUCUAAGACACAACAAUAGACAAUCACAGUCUGCUUAAACUAAUAACACACAAAGAAUGAAAUGUUGCCAUGUUUUUAUUGAACACACCAUGUAAACAUUCACAGUGCAGGUGGAAAAAGUAUGUGAACCCUUGGAUUUAAUAACUGGUUGAACCUCCUUUGGCAGCAAUAACUUCAACCAAACGUUUCCUGUAGUUGCAGAUCAGACGUGCACAACGGUCAGGAGUAAUUCUUGACCAUUCCUCUUUACAGAACUGUUUCAGUUUAGCAAUAUUCUUGGGAUGUCUGGUGUGAAUCGCUUUCUUGAGGUCAUGCCACAGCAUCUCAAUCGGGUUGAGGUCAGGACUCUGACUGGGCCACUUCAGAAGGCGUAUUUUCUUCUGUUUAAGCCAUUCUGUUGUUGAUUUACUUCUAUGCUUUGGGUCAUUGUCCUGUUGCAACACCCAUCUUCUGUUGAGCUUCAGCUGGUAGACAGAUGGCCUUAAGUUCUCCUGCAAAAUGUCUUGAUAAACUUGGGAAUUCAUUUUUCCUUCCAUGAUAGCAAUCCGUCCAGGCCCUGACGCAGCAAAGCAGCCCCAAACCAUGAUGCCCCCACCACCAUACUUCACAGUUGGGAUGAGGUUUUGAUGUUGGUGUGCUGUGCCUAUUUUUCACCACACAUAGUGUUGUGUGUUUCUUCCAAACAACUCAACUUUGGUUUUAUCUGUCCACAGAAUAUUUUGCCAGUACUGCUGUGGAACAUCCAGGUGCUCUUGUGCAAACUGUAAACGUGCAGCAAUGUUUUGUUUGGACAGCAGUGGCUUCCUCUGUGGUAUCCUCCCAUGAAAUCCAUUCUUGUUUAGUGUUUUACGUAUUGUAGAUUCGCUAACAGGGAUGUUAGCAUUUGCCAGUGACUUUUGUAAGUCUUUAGCUGACACUCUAGGAUUCUUCUUCACCUCAUUGAGCAGUCUGCGCUGUGCUCUUGCAGUCAUCUUUACAGGACGGCCACUCCUAGGGAGAGUAGCAGCAGUGCUGAACUUUCUCCAUUUACAGACAAUUUGUCUUACCAUGGACUGAUGAACAGCAAGGCUUUUGGAGAUACUUUUAUAACCCUUUCCAGCUUUAUGCAAGUCAACAAUUCUUAAUCGUAGGUCUUCUGAGAGCUCUUUUGUGUGAGGCAUCAUUCACAUCAGGCAAUGCUUCUUGUGAAAAGCAAACCCAGAACUGGUGUGUGUUUUUUAUAGGGCAGGGCAGCUGUAACCAACACCUCCAAUCUCAUCUCAUUGAUUGAACUCCAGUUGGCUGACAUCUCACUCCAAUUAGCUCUUGGAGAUGUCAUUAGUCUAGGGGUUCACAUACUUUUUCCACCUGCACUGUGAAUGUUUACAUGGUGUGUUCAAUAAAAACAUGGCAACAUUUCAUUAUUUGUGUGUUAUUAGUUUAAGCAGACUGAUUGUCUGAUUGUCUAUUGUUGUGACUUAGAUGAUGAUCAGAUCACAUUUUAUGACCAAUUUGUGCAGAAAUCCAUAUCAUUCCAAAGGGUUCACAUACUUUUUCUUGCAACUGUAUUUUUUUUUUUUUUUUUCUGCAGGGCAAAAAUGAAUUGUAUAGUUACAGCUGGUAACCGUUGUAUAGUUACAGCUGGUAAAAUAUUGCCUAUUACUGUACCAUGUACUUGGUGGAAAAAGUAAUAGUGCUACGUUUGCUGCUGAGUAUACUCUGAUUUAUGCAUUUACAGCAUUGUAAAAGUAAAUAUACUGUAUAGUACAUAUUAUAAAUGUUUUAUGUUCAAACUCUUAUGUAUUUUUUUAUUUUUUCAUUUUAUCUACAGUUGGGGUGAAGAUUGGGGGAUCCAAGGCUAUGGCAAAAUAAAGCGCAAUGUGAAUAAGUGUGAUGUAGCAGAUAUGGCAGCAACAAUUGAUCUUAUUGCAUAAAUUCUCAGCAUUUUAUAUAUCAGACGAUCUCCUCUUCAACCACAAAUCCAUUCUUUACCGAUAUAGUUAACUUUUUUUUUAAUAAUAAUAAUAAAAUACAGAUAUAAAAAAGUUACUUAAUGUCUGUUUUUGAUAUGUGAAAUUAGUUGACAUUCUAAAAUAUCUGAUGAAUCUGAUAUCUGUUAGACUAGCUAUCAGAGACGUUUUUAAGAUCAAGAGUUAAAACCACUAUCUCAUGUAACUGACAAGCAGCAAUGUCCUAGCAACAAGUCUUCUAACUGCCAUGCUCGUUUAAAAUUAUGACCAUGUAAUUUUAACUGCUAUAUGUAAUUAAACAGCUUUGAUGUCGAGUAUC